AUGACCGCAUUCCGAGCAGCUGCACGCCUCUGCAGCAGGCCAACACCUCUCUCGCGCAGAUACAUCUCUCAACAAGCUUCGAGUUUCGCCAACAGCAAGUUCUUCCGGGUGUCCGAAGAGGUUAGGGAUGCUCUAGCUACGGGGAAACCCGUGGUAGCUUUGGAGACCACGAUUUAUACGCAUGGUUUCCCGUAUCCCGAUAAUGUAGCGCUUGCAUCGCAGCUUGAGUCUAUUGUUCGCGUCAAUGGCGGUGUCCCGGCAACAAUUACAGUCUUCAAUGGCAUAGCUCGAGUUGGGCUCAGCGCUGAGGAGAUGAUUGAGCUGGCUGCCACGGCCCAGACCAAAAGCGCAUUGAAAGUUUCGCGCCGUGAUCUUGGCUACCUCUGCGGACGGGGCCUCUCGGGCAAGAAAAUCCAUGGCGGGACUACCAUCGCAGGGACCAUGAUCCUUGCCCAUCUGGCUGGUAUUAAGGUCUUUGGUACUGGCGGCUUGGGCGGUGUACACCGAGGAGGAGAAGUAUCAAUGGAUAUCUCAGCGGACUUGACCGAACUGGGACGCACGCCAGUUGCUGUGAUCAGCUCAGGUUGCAAGAGCUUCUUGGAUAUCCCCCGGACGCUCGAAUAUCUCGAAACUGAAGGUGUUCUCGUGGGGACCUUUGCUGACGGACGAAACGGUCACGUUGAUUUUCCGGCGUUCUACACCCGAGACAGUGGCAUACGAAGUCCAAAGGUGAUCCAAAACGAGUUUGAUGCGGCAGCAAUGAUCUUCGCUCAAAACGAGCUCGGAUUGUCGUCCGGAAUUCAUUUUGCGAACCCGGUGCCAGAGGAAUUUUCUUUCCCAAAGGCUGAAAUGGACACCAUAAUUGACGAAGCAGUCAGGUUAGCUGACGUUGAAGGAUUCCAUGGAAGUGACAACACGCCUUUUGUGCUCAACAAGAUCAAAGAAUUGAGUGGCGGGAAGAGCGUCACUGCGAAUAGGGCACUGAUCGAGUCAAACGUGACGCGGGCAGCCAAGGUGGCAGUGGAAUUGGCAAAGUUGGAGCAGACGCAUACAGGGCCAGUCGAUCGGUCAAUGCCCGUGGAUUCUACUACAGCAUAUACAAAAGUUGAAGCAAAAGCAGCACCGAUCACCCAAAAAGCAGAUGUUGUAGUUGCCGGAUCUCUCGCUAUUGAUUUUUCAUGUGAUUUUGCACCCUUCGGUGAUCGCAGCAAGGAGGUUUCUCCCUCCCCACACACAUCCAAUCCGGCCGUUAUCGGGCAGAGUCUAGGCGGUGUUGGACACAAUGUUGCCAUCGCUGCGAGCUACGCUGGAAGCUCGACCGUAUUCUGCAGCAUUGUUGCUGAUGACUUGAGUGGCAAAGCAGCUCUCGCUGCAAUAGAGCAGGAACAGCUUGGCACCGAAGGUAUCCAAACGCUGUCCCCUGCGCUAGGUGUAAGAACGGCCCAGUAUGUCUCAGUCAACGACACCAAAAAAGACCUUGUUGUGGCCAUGGCAGACAUGGCCAUCAUGGAACUACCCGAAAGCAGCCUCGACUUUGACGGCUUCUGGGAGCCUCUUCUCGCACGCACACGGCCCAAGUGGGUUGUCCUGGAUGCAAACUGGAACUCGGCAGUGCUGGCCAAAUGGGCUGCAUCAGCCAAGCAGGUCAAGUCACGCGUCGCCUUUGAGCCGGUUUCGACGGCCAAAGCCACGAGGCUGUUCAGGAACAAAACAGGUGACACCCCAGUGAUUGGCGCCUCGGACACGGUCCCCAACAACAACAAACUCGAUCUUGCCACCCCAAACGCAUUGGAAUUGACGUCGAUGUAUUCGGCGGCACGUGCAAGCGGGCUGUUUGAGAGCCCCGAAUGGUGGGCGCUCAUCAACAGUCUGAACCUGUCUAGUGCUGGGUCUCGAGAGCUACUGGUGUCGGUCACAUCUCCAUCGCUCGUCGAUGCUGGGAUCCCUCAGCAAAGCAUCCAGCUGCUUCCGUUUAUCCCGUGUCUAUUAACAAAACUCGGACGCGAAGGGGUCUUGCUAACACAGCUUCUUCCGCCUGGGGAUGCGCGCCUGACAUCCCCAGACUCGGCACGGUAUAUCGUAUCGCGCGCAGAUAGCAGUAGCCUGCCCGUUGGCGGGGUGUACAUGCGGCUAUUCGCGCCGGAAACGGUGCUAUCUGAUCAAGAGGUUGUCAGUGUCAACGGGGCAGGGGACACGCUACUGGGGGUUGUCGUUGCAGGCCUGGCCAGACAGCAGGGAAACCAACAUGCCAAGGGUCUCGAGGACAUCAUCCCUGUCGCGCAGAGGGCGAGUUUACGCACGCUGCAGAGCACGGAGAGCGUUAAUCCCAGCAUCAAGGACUUGGCGCAGCAGCUCGACUAA